CCCUCUUAUAAACUUCCUUUCAAGCCAGCCUGUGUGUGUUGAAAGCCGCUCACCUUAGAGAGACGCCAUACAACAAAAGGCCACGUCUACUUCCCUCUCUUUACAACAACUCGCUUUUUGUCACGAGAACGCGUGAGCUAGCACUCAUACAUGCCGCCUCACUUCGCAGAGGGAAGCAGUCGGGCGUCGAAGAGAGAGACGGUCCUUUUCAGGACAAUGACGAGAGGCCAGCGGUGUGCGAAGCAUUCGGGCGUCGUAUUUCCUCUCGUGUUUUUCUUUUUGGCAGCGGGUUUGUCCGGUGUGGGAGUCUGGUCUUUCCUCGAGCGGCGAAAACUGGUGAGAGGAGAGGAAAUGGAGCAUGAUUUAGACCGCUACUUGAAGAAGGAAGCGAGAAAGGACUUGAUGUAUAGCGAGGAUCCGACGUUUCUUGCCAUGGCAGCGGGAGGAUUCGGAAUGCUGAUGGCCGUGAUAGGUUUUCUCGGAUUUUUACGGAAGCGGUCGUGUUUGUUGGCGCUCUUCAUCGCUGGCGUCGUUGUCUUCUUCGUGGUGACUUUAGCGACGGGUUUCAUGGCGCUUGUGUAUAGGGAGACUCUAGAAAUGGACGCAGCGGAUCUUGUGAAACAGGAAGUGAAGAGUCAAAUGAAUGAGGUAAUACUGAAUACGCAACCGGAGUUCAACGCCGGACCUGUUACCUACACGCAGACGCGAUUUCGUUGUUGUGGUAUCGAGACAUUCGAGGAUUGGGACAGAAGCAUUCACUUCAACUGCACCAGUCGAGGAUGCGUCGUCCCAAUAUCCUGUUGUCUAGAUAAGACGUGUGACGGAAGAGUGGGUGGAAGCGGCGAUGUCAAGAAUAUUUUUACACAAGGAUGCGUGGAGUCGACCGACUUGGCAUUGAUGGUGGAGGAAGCAGUGGAUACAGAUGACCUCAUGUAUCUCAGUAUCUGUGGGUUUGUGCUGGUUCCACUCAGCAUGGUGGUAUUGUUUAUGGCAGCGUUGCACCUCCACUACUUGGAGACUCGAUAACAAACUAAAUCAGUGUCAACAAGAAGGUGAUAGACUAUGAUUGAAGCCAUGCACAGUCUUUGUAUAGACUCUUUAGUUGUAGUAAUCAUUGUACAUAGCUAUAUAGUUCAGUUGUUCAAUAGUCAGUUAUGCACUUUA